ACCACGCAUCCAUUGUAUCUGACACACACUUUCCCAGAGGAUUUGAAAAGAAUUAUAAGAGUUCUGGUUCGGUACAGUUUGGGAGACAAAAGUUUCCGCUCAGAUACAUUACCUGGAAUCUACAAGCCAGUUUUGUUGAGAGCUUAGCCAAACAAUGGCAUUUGAGAACCACAAUAAUAUACCAAUUCGGCUAUUUCCCUCGCCGCGACUCACAAAAGCCAAGUCAAUUCCACUAUCAAUACUCGAUGCCACCUGUGCUAGGUUUGCAGAUACGAGCGCAAUAUGGCUCUACGACCCGCCAUCGGGCUAUCAAGUUAACGAUGAAUUUAUCAACAAGCUCAAGACCACCUUCGUAACGACGCUGAAUAAUUUCCCGCAAUGGGCGGGCCAGGUUCAUUGGGCGCCGUUUCGGCCAGGCGGCCACCACACGGAGCGCUUCAAUCGGUCCAUGAUCACUUACGGCAGCGAUGCAGAUCCCGGCGUUGAGUGGCAUGUGGUGCGGCAUGAAAAUAGUAUCAUUUCUCACAUACCACAUGGCGAGUACCUUUCGUCUUGCACCAUCUGGUCUGGCGAUGCAUUUCCGCAAAAGGAGUUAAUUUCGAAGAGCAGGACCCCGCUCUCCAAUUUGAAAGACUUUGAGGGCAUGCCAGGCUUGAUGGUACAGAUCAAUCUGUUUCCGUGUGGACGCUAUGGCGUUGGGGUCAAGCUGGCGCAUCAAUUGGCAGAUGCGUCAUCCAUGAUGGUGUUUGUGCAUCAGUGGGCAGCAAACUCGCGCAAACUCUUCAGCGGCCAGCCAAGUUCCUCGGUGUUUGAUGAGCCAGUCUUCGACCCACCACAGCUUGACUCUCGAGCGGCGGGCGACAUCGAUGGUGAAGUGGUGCAUCAUGAGCUUGCCGAUACAGCUCGUAUGAUGCCGCUAAACCGCUUCAGCUGGUGGGAUACAGAAGAGCCAGGAUACUCGCCCCGGCUCGUCAAUACAACUGAGAAUAGCAUACCACCGGCACAGGUGCUGGCAAAGACGAAAGUCUCGCCGUCGACGAUCGCUCCUUGGAAAACUUGGGACUUGGCAAGACCAGUAGAAUACGGCCUACUUCAUUUCACUGGACACGAGUUGACCAAGCUUCAGCGAGAGGCUCGGGAGAGCGCGCCUGAGGGUGCCAUCAUCUCACGCACCGAUGCACUCAUGGCCUACAUUUUCCGCCUAGUCACCCGUGCAAGAGCGUAUGCACAAUCUGACGACGACGAGGUGUUUCUGAACACGUCAAUCGAUGUCCGUAGACGCGUCUCGCCGCCUUUACCAGAAACCUUUCUUGGCUCGCCUCUUCUAGUGACCCAUAUCAAAGGCCUGGCAUCUGCUGUUCGUUGUGCUAGCCUUGGAGAGUUGGCCUUGAAGUUACGUGAAACUUUGAUGCGCUUUACACCGGACAAGGUAGCGGCUAUUUUACACGAUGCGGCUUAUGAGACCUCGCCGCAACGUCUCUGGCUUUGCUUUGUGGGUACUCUGCACAUUAUUGCCACGUCCUGGCAAAGGCUGAGGGUUUACGAUGUAGACUUUGAUGGAACUGGCCACAGACCAGCAUAUGUCCAUUCGGUCAUGGAAAAGAUUGAUGGCACGGUGGUGGUCUUAGACCCGAUUACACAAGAUGGUGGUGUGGAUGUUGCACUUUACCUCGACGCUGAGGCAAUGGGGCAUUUGAAGGAAGCGCUGGAAAUUACAAAUGACUGACGCAGUAGAAAAGCUAGAUUUAGCACCAUCUACCGUGUGGCUGAGAUAGACUUGGAAACUGUAUUGUGCAAUGAUGCUUUCGGGGUUCGAUAAUUCUCUAUUUGAUCUCAGCGAGGAAGCAUUGAAAGAGCUUAUAUGAAUCGGGGAUGUCUCAUUCAAUGAGUAGUCAACCCUACCGGGACAUUGCCUGAUACGGCAGUUUUGCUCUGUAUAUAGACCAACAUGUUAAUUUAGAAGUACAUUACAAAUUGAAGUUUCGGC